AGAAGAAAUUAGGGAUUAAAAGUUAGUUGAGAGGACUGUAUGGCAGUAGUUAAUCCUUGUCUUCAGAACGGCUGGGAUGAAUGGAGCCAUGAGGCUGAGGAGGAGAGGAGGAGAGAGGAGUGGACCGAAUGGACCGGAGAGGAGAUGAAUGAGAAGGACGAAGGAAAGGAAGAACAGGAGGAAGAGGAUAGGGAGGAUGAAGGUUGUUUGGAAGGGAAAGGGAGCAGAGAGGAGAAUGGAGGGAAGGUGAAGGACAAACUGAAAUCGGAGGAUGAGGAAAGAGAGGGAGAAAGCAACAGAGAAGAGAGGGUGGAGGACAAACAGGUGGAUGUGGAACAGGAAGAGGCGGAUGAACAGGAGAGAGAGAUUAGUGUGACGGAGGAGGAAGAAGAGGAGCAGGGGACGUCGAUGGAGACAGAAGAUGGAGAAGUUUCAGACUUGGAUGGACAAAACAAUGAAGGUUUGGACCAGGUGGUUUCUGAAGAUGAGAGUUAUAAUUCUGAAGAAGAAAACACUGGAGAAGGAGCUCCAGAGGAACACUGUGGACAUGAUAUAGAAUUCAACUUAAUAAGGGUUGAAGAACGCCUCCAACAUACCUUGAGCUCCGAGGAGUUCAAAAACGAUGAGGAAGAAACAGUGUUAGAAUUGAGUUCAACGUGGGACGAUCAGGAAGAACUACCUGUAAAAGAUGAAGAGGAGGAGGAAGAAGAAGAGCAGGAAGAGGAGGAGGAGGAGGAGGAGGAAGAGGAGGAGGGGGAAGCAGAAGAUUUAUCACCUGAAUACAUGGAUUGUGAUGAAGAAGAUAUGGUGAAGAUUUACAGAGAGACUGAUUAUCCCACUGAUAUGUUUCACACUCUGACAGAGUUCAGGGACUCCGCCCUUCUUACUGAUCUGAUCUUGAGGACAGAGACUGGGAAGACCUUCCAUGUUCACUCUCUCGUCCUAUCAGCCGUCAGCUCCUUCAUUUCAGAAAGAAUGAGUCGAGCAAAUACAAAAAACAAUUUCAGAAGAGACAACGAUGAGAAGAACGGAAUCAACAAGUGGUCUUUGGAUUUUGGCCCAGAUGUGGACAACGUGGGGUUAGAGGCGAUCAUUGACUUCGCCUACUCUGGAUAUGUCCCCAACCUGGACAUGGACACGAUAGAACAGAUCAAACGUGCAGCACAAACCCUGCGUGUUCCCAGGCUGAUGGAUCUCUGUAACAAGCAAGAGUCCGCACGCAGCGGAGGAACGAAGGAGACAGAGGAGGAGAUCUCUGCCUUAGAACAAAUGAUGAUCAGCCUCCGGUCCAUGAGACAGCUGUGGGAGGACAGAGUUGGCUGUGAUGUUGCUUUGGAAGGUAUCGGAGAUUCCCUUCAUGUCCACAGAGUUGUCCUGGCUGCAAGUAGUGACUACUUCCGUGGCAUGUUCACUCUGGGUAUGAAGGAGUCCCAUCAGUCUCACGUGACGCUUCCCUUUCUGAUGUCUUCAGAGCUGGAGGCUCUGAUCAGCUGCUCCUACAGUGGCCUACUGCCUCUUAGCUGGAGAAGUAUCUUUGAGCUCACCUGCACUGUGCUCCAACUCCAGUAUCGACCGGGCCUCUCCUUGUGCCUCAGAUUCCUGCAGGAAGAAAUGAACCCCGAAUUUUGCCUGGAUGUGGCGUCCUUUGCUGAGGCUUAUGAGAUGGCGCAGCUUUUGGAAAUUGCAGAGGAUUUUGUUCUGAGACAGUUUCAAAAGGUGGCGUGCACCUCAAAGUUCAAGGACCUGCCAGUAAGGCAACUCCUAAAGUACUUGAACAGUCACUCACUCUGUGUUCCGUCUGAGCUUGUCGUUUUCAAAGCAGUGGUGGCGUGGAUUCAGGCUAAACCCAAGAUGAGGCUCAAACUUGCCAGGAUAUUGAUGAAAACAGUCCACUUUCCCCUAAUGACAUUCAGGGAAUUCAAGGAGGUGAAGGCAAUAGAUUUAUGGGUGAAUCAAAGCUUGGAGGAACUCUACCAAGCCGUAUUUGAGGAAUUCUGCUCUAAUGAGAUAGAACCACAGAGCCAGUAUCGUAUCUACCUGCCAAAAGAAAGUCUGGUGUUGAUCGGAGGUGACCGGAUUUGCGAGGAUCUGGGAACACGCUGCAUCAGCAGAGAACUCUGGUUUGGGAACUCCCUGCUGAGCCACACCGGGAUCAGGAAGACUAUGGAGUGGAGGAAACUAGGAGAAAUGCCUGAACCAGCAAGGUUCAGUCACGAGGUGGCAGUAAUGAGAGGUCAACUGUAUGUUUUUGGCGGCAAGAAGUUUUAUGGUCUUGGUGACACUCUGAAUUCUGUUUUGAGGUACGACCCCAUUGAAAACAUCUGGGAGAAUCUGGCUGAUAUGCAGGAGAGGAGGUGCUUUUUCUCUGUGCUUGUACUGGAUGGACAGAUUUACGCUAUUGGUGGCCACUGCGACCCAGAGUACAUCGAUAGUGUGGAGCGCUACUGCCCCACAGCAAACUCCUGGAGCUUCACCAAGCCUUUGGAGCUCCCUCUGAGUGGACACGUGGCGAAGGUCGUGCACGGCCAGAUCUUCAUCUCAGGAGGACGUAACAGCGACUACACUUGCCUUGCGUCCAUGUCUCGGUAUCACCCAGACACAGGAAGCACACACCUCAGUAACAUGAGACAACCACGAACCAACCACUGCAUGGAGGCGCUACAUGAUCGCCUUUACGUAGCAGGUGGAAUCACAGUGGAUCAAACCAUGACCGGUGUGGACCUGCUCACCUGUGAAAUGUACAGUCCACAGACGGACACCUGGACAUCCUUCAUGUCUCUGUCAGUUCCACAUGUCGGAGCAGGAAGUGCAGUUUUAGAGGGAAAGUUUUACGUUCUCGGUGGAUACAGCCAGGAGGACUACAGCGAUACGAAAACAGUUCACCGAUAUGACCCCACAUUAGCGCAAUGGGAGAACAUGGGUCGAAUGCCCGGACCCAACAACGACAUACGAGCGUCACUGCUGUGUUUGCCACAACAUUUUCGUAAAUAAAGCAUGACCGCUCUUUAUAAACGUAUCUGGUGAAUGACACUGAUAAUUCACCUGGAUGAAGGUUUUACAUACAAGAAAUGUUAGACAAUUAUUCAAAUAAUAGUUAAAUGUUAUUGCCCAUUUUGAACACAAGAUGGUGACAUU